AUGGCUAGCCAGUCGCAAGGCAUCCAGCAGCUGCUGCAGGCUGAGAAGCGCGCCGCCGAGAAGGGGUCGCAGGGCACCCGGCAGCUGCUGCGGGCUGAGAAGCGCGCCGCCGAGAAGGUGGCCGAGGCCCGCAAGCGAAAGAACCGGAGGCUGAAACAGGCAAAAGAAGAAGCACAGGCAGAGAUUGAACAGUACCGCCUGCAGAGGGAAAAGGAGUUCAAAGCCAAGGAAGCAGCGGCUCUUGGAUGUCAUGGAAGCUGCACCACAGAGGUUGAGAAGGAGACCCAGCAAAAGAUGAGCAUAAUCCAAGAAAACUUCCAGAAGAAUAGGGAAGAGGUGCUGACUGAACUGCUGUCACUAGUGUGUGACAUCAAACCGAAAAUCCACAUGAAUUACCGCAUCAAUGGAUAGUAGAGGAAGAAUUUGUGUGUGCUGGAAGUACUAGCAGUAACAUCUGGCUUCAGAUGGAACGUAUAGCCCUUAGCCGUACUAUAGCUCUGUUCUUUUUUUUUGGAAAGAAAUUAAAUUAUUUCAGUAGGUUUGUAGGUCCUUGAUAACUUGUUGGAGACUCAGUAGUUUACCUCUACAUGGAUUCAGAGCUUAUCCAAAGAAAAUGGCCAUGUCUUAAAUAUGCAUUAAAUGGCAAAUAUUUAAUAAGCAAAAAAAAAAAAAAAGAAGUUUCUGCUUUUUCUUAGGUAUUUGCUCAAAAGGAGGGGUUUGAGAUUUAAAAGGAGAGAGAUGCUGGACAGCUUUUAAAAUGCAAGCCUGAGUCAGUACUGGUUUAGACAUUUUUUCUGUAUCCUUGUAGGCUGAAUUGUAUUAGUUUGUGUUGGUAAUCUUUAAAAUAAAGGUGAAUCCAGGAAGAAAAAUCCUUGGGCUGUUCAGUAUGCUUUUGGUAGUUAGCCAUUGUGUGUACUCUGCUAUAACUUGAAUGAUAAGUCUGGCAUUGUCUGGCAUUGACCUUGGAAAGUAAAAAACUUAUGUAACUCUGA